UCGUCGUUUGUUUACAACCUCGGGACUUCCUGCCUCUUCUAGCAGCUUUGUUCAUAGUAAGCUAACUGAGUGAAUAAACUUCACAAGACAGCUUUCAAGAUGGGAUGUGACGGUGGCACGAUUCCUAAGAGACACGAGUUGGUGAAAGGGCCCAAAAAAGUCGAGAAGGUUGAUAAAAAUGCGGAGUUGGCUGCCAAGUGGAAAUACUGUGCCUUGAGCCAGGAGAAACUCAGACGCCCCAUUGUCGCCUGUGAUCUGGGAAGGCUGUAUAACAAAGAUGCUAUCAUUGAAUACCUCCUGGAUAAGACUGCUGAGAGACCCAAUGCUGAGGCAGUAGCUCACAUCCGUGGGAUCAAGGAUAUAAAGGAGCUUAACUUGACUGAUAACCCAGAGUGGGAGGGAGAGAGGAGGAAUACUAAAGGAGACAGAUAUGAGGACAUCCACUGCGGCAUGUUCAUUUGCCCUGUUGUUGGGUUGGAGAUGAAUGGCAAGCACAGGUUCUGUUACCUGCAGACUUGUGGCUGCGUCUUUUCUGACAGGGCUCUGAAGGAGGUCAAGACAGAAAUCUGCCACAAGUGUGGGGACGCGUUUAAAGUUGAGGAUAUCGUAGUGCUCAACGGCACUAAGGAGGAGGUGGAGAAGCUGAGGGAGAAGAUGGAAGAGAGGCGGACCAAAGCCAAAACUAAGAAAUCAAAGAAGAGCAAAGCAGCUGAAACUGUGUCCACACCAUCAGAAUCAAAAGACACAACGCAACCUCCAGAAGUGGAUGUAGCAGGGAGCUCACUACAAAAUGGUGGGGAAAGCAGCCAGUCAGCUGUGGCCGGAUCGUCCGGAUCCUCCAGCUCCUCUAAAGGCACCAAGUCUUCGACAUCCUCCGCCACCGCCACCAAAAGGUCCAUCCAGGAAAUGACAGAGAAGUCGGAGGCCUUCAAAUCACUGUUCACCACCCACAGCUCUGCCAAGCGCACUAAAGAUCAGACAUCCAACUGGGUCACCCACACCCCGUAUCACUUCUAGUAACCAUCACCCAGAGCUAACAUCACCAUUUUUAGAUUGCCUCAGUAAUUGUGACCCAUCACUGAUAAACCUACGUCUACAAACCCCAGCUCCAACACACACACAGAUGCACACACAUUACCCACGACCUCUAAUAAUGUCAUCAAUGCGUGGACUCAUUCCCCACUCGUUUCGUCAGUCCCCAGUAGCUCAGUGUUUACAUGUUGUGAACAUUUUGUUAAUAACUCCCUAAGCUGUUCAGACUCUUUGUUUUGUAACCUAAUUCCUCCCCCAUGUAUUCGCUGGCAUCUCGGUGUUCUCAGUCACAAGUGCUCUGAGAAUUGAUGCUAGGGUGACUUUGUUGUUUCUGUCACUCUGCUGUCUCCUAGUGGACAGAGUGCAGCUUUUUAAAGGGAGCUCUAAAUGGUUUAAAGGUGGUGUCAGGUCAUGUAUAGGCUCGAUUUCUCUCCUUAGUUGGGGCAAAAACACCCUGCAAGAACUCUACAUCUUAAAGCAGGUACACAUGUAGAGCAGUGAUUAUUUUUCCCCUUAUAAGUUUUCUAAGUAUGAGAUUGCCCCACUUUUUUUAUGUAAUAUAUUUAAAACGUUUAGCAGAGGACAUCCAAGUGAUUUGUAUUCAUUGGGGUAGUGGGUUGAAUAAUAGAGUGACAACAUAAAGACAGUUUAAAGCUUAUUUAUUAAAGCUUUUGAUGCUCACGAAUCAAAAGUGCUCAGCAAAAGACAAACACAAGAAGCUGUGAUGUUACAAGACAAUAGAUACAAACUUAGCUCAGUGAUGUUCCUGGUUUUUAAGCAUCACAAGUUUCAGUUUUUCCAAACACAGUGCUUCUACCUGUCUGUUGACAUGACAGAAACAACAUAUGUUAUGUUGGCUUCCAGUUUAAGCAAAAUGUAGAUUAGUUUAAUCAAGUUUGGAUUUUUUAAGUGGCAAUCUGGAAGAUCUCAGUAUUGUGUGAUUUGGCGACACCUGCAGUUUGUUGCAGGAACAGCAACUGUGGUUUAAUGUUACAGGUCACAGAGUUUGUGUGACUACAAAACACACUACUGUUGUUUUAAUAAAGAUGUCAGGCAAUAAUUGGCCUUCUCCCAUCAUUCUGUAAGCAGCUGUGAUCUGAUUCUGAGCUGCACACGGCAUGAGUCUGCGGACAGCAGUGAACAGUGAAAGGAGUUGUUUACCUCGCUAAGUUGGCUGCUGCUCCUUGAUCUUGUUUUGUAGAUGCAUUUUUAAUGAACAACAGCGGUAAGUGCUCAGCUCAGGUCCUGUGACUACUUCAUAAUUAAAGGCAACGCCUGUUUUGCCAGUUAAAUGAUAUUAUUGUAAAGCAUUCAGCUCAUUCAGUGAUAGAUAGUUACUGAACAGACAUUUAUUUAAACAAAACUCCUUGAGAUUAUUACUUAAGAGGAGAUUAAAAAUGCGUUCUUCCUGUUUUACAAUUUCUUUUUUUGCAUGUAAUAAGCAAAGGCCAAAAUAAAUUUCUAUUCUGUCCUAUGAA